CCCCGACGACCGCGAAGGGCUUGUGCUCGCCUCUUGCAGCCUCGUCGCGGAGGGCAGCUGAGGGGUGACCGCCAUGAUCACUGGUGUCUUCGGCAAACGCGUGUGGGCCCCGCUGGGUGUCCUGACUUCGAUAGGAUACUGCCUCCACCAGCGGAGAGUGGCCCUGGCGGAACUGCAGGAGGCAGACGACCCGCGUCCGGUCAACCGCAACCUGCUGGAGCUGAAAAUGGUGCAGGUCGUGUUUCGACACGGGGCUAGGAGUCCUCUCAAGCCGCUCCCGCGGGAGGAGCAGGUAGAGUGGAACCCUCAGCUCUUAGAGGUCCCUCCCCAAACUCAGUUUGAUUACAGUGUCACCAGUCUGGCUGGUGGCUCAAAACCACAUUCUCCUUUCGACUCUCAGUACCAUGGGACCAUACUGAAAGGGGGCAUGUUUGCUGGGCAGCUGACCAAGGUGGGCAUGCAGCAGAUGUUUGCCCUGGGAGAGAGGCUGAGGAAGAACUAUGUGGAGGAUAUCCCUUUUCUUUCCCCAACCUUCAACCCACUGGAGGUUUCUGUUCGUUCCACUAACAUAUAUCGGAAUCUGGAGUCUACUCGGUGUUUGUUGGCUGGGCUUUUCCAACGUCAGAAAGAAGGACCCAUCAUUAUCCACACUGAUGAAGCAAGCUCUGAAGUCUUGUACCCCAACUACCAAAACUGCUGGAGCCUGAGGCAAAGGACCAGAGGCCGGAGGGAGGCUGCCUCUUUGCAGCCAGGAAUCUCAGAGGAUCUAAAAAAGGUGAAGGAAGGAAUGGGCCUUGGCAGUGGUGACGGGGUGGACUUCCUCAUCCUUCUGGACAAUGUGGCUGCUGAGCAGGUGCAUAGCCUCCCAAGCUGUCCAACACUGAAGAGGUUUGCACAGAUGAUAGAGGAGAGAGCUGUGGACACAGCCUUGUACAUCCUGCCUGAAGACAGGGAAAGUAUUCAAUUGAUGGUAGGCCCUUUCCUCCACAUCCUGGAGAACAACCUGCUGAAAGCCAUGGACCCUGCCACUCCACCCGGCAAGAUCAGAAAACUGUACCUCUAUGCAGCUCAUGAUGUGACCCUCAUGCCUCUCUUAAUGGCCCUGGGGAUUUUUGACCAUAAAUGGCCCCCAUUUGCUGUUGACCUGACCAUGGAACUCUACCAGCACCAGGAAUCCAAGGAGUGGUUUGUGCGGCUCUAUUACCAUGGAGAGGAGCAGGUGCCAAAAGGAUGCCCUGAAGGACUCUGCCCGCUAGACAAGUUCUUGAACGCCAUGUCCGUUUACACCUUAAGCCCAGAACAAUACCACAGACUCUGCUCCCAGACACAGAUGAUAGAACUUGGGAAUGGAGAGUGAUUGGUUUAUAUAAAUAGGAUUUGUUGAUUUUUAAAAUAAAAUGUCUCUUCACAAUG